UUUUAUGUCAGAACUAACGUGUUUCCGGUCUGGCCUAUUUUCUUUCUUUUUGACAGCGUCCGUCAUCGACGAAGUUAAUUUACGAAUCAAGCAUACAAAAUGGUUGCAGUAAAGAAACAAAAGAAGGCUUUGGAAAGCACCAACAGCCGUUUGGCUUUGGUGAUGAAAUCCGGCAAAUAUUGCUUGGGCUACAAGCAAACCUUGAAGACCCUGCGCCAGGGCAAAGCCAAAUUGGUCCUGAUUGCCAGCAAUACCCCCGCCUUGAGGAAAUCGGAGAUUGAAUACUACGCUAUGUUGGCCAAGACUGAGGUUCAGCAUUACACCGGCACCAACAUUGAAUUGGGUACCGCUUGCGGUAAAUACUUCCGUGUGUGCACCAUGUCCAUUACCGAUCCCGGAGAUUCGGACAUUAUUCGUUCUCUGCCCGACAACUAAAGCGGAGUUCGUUAUUGACGUCGUUUGUUUUUCAUUUUUGUACAACAUCUAAAAGAAAGCAAAUGCUGAAAUAAACAAAAAACAAAAAUUGAA